AUGCAGGCUCUCGGUGGCCCAUCGCGCUCCAUGCAGCGGCGCUCACCUGGUUCUGAGCCAGGCCCUCCUCCAAAUAUCCCCCUUCGAUCAAUAUCGCCAGCCGUGGGUGUUGGGACAGGAAGCGGUGUUGCGCCUCGCUCAUCGACUGCUUCUGGGAGAUCUGCGGCGCAGGGCGGGAGCACACGACGGGCAAAUAACUCGAGUGGCUCCUCAGUGCCUCUAUCCCAGAUUGAAAAGAGCGUUACCCAUCUCCUCGUCGCUACGAAACAGCUCCUCGAAACCCUGACACAAUGGUCCCGGGGCCAGGCGACGGACACCCAGGUGUCGGAUGUGUACGUGAGGCUGGGCUAUGAGUUCAACAUGGCCUGCCGCGCCUUUACCGCGAUCAACGUCGAUACACGAGAUCUUGGGAAUGUUCCGGAGGAGUUGAGAAACAUACUCGAGGCAACGCUGAGCCAAGAGGCCAGCGUCGAGAGCCUCGAGAAAUACCUGCCCAAGAUUAGGGACAUCAUAAUAAACCUGCUUCAUGGCUUGAAGCGGAAACAGCAAAAGUUGAGACAAAGACAAGCGCGGGAGAAGGAUGGGGGAGGAGCCGCGGAAGCUGGCGCCGCAGCGAGGACAACAAGUACUAGCACCACGGGGAGCGCCACGUCGGGCUUGACAACACUCCUGAACGAGGGCAUCGAGGAUGGAUACCGUCCGGAUCUCCAGCGGGAAGAGUUGAAGGGGGGUGUCAACGCCUCGCCCACACGGCGUUUUCAGCCCCAACGGGACCAGUCUCGCGGUUCAGUCAACUCGGAGCAAUCCAGCCUGUCGAGCAACACGAUGCAGAACAUGCCCGUCCUUCCCCCCUACCCCGGAGACGAGGCGACCAUGCCAACGGUGCCAUCCACGGGCGACCUCGACUCUUUCCCGCCUCCUCCGCCUCCACCGAAGCAGCAGAGCGCAUUGGCAGCCCUUCAAAGAGGUGGUGAUCUGGAAAGGAGGGCCUCGCGCCGUGGCCCUGGGGUUCCCAUGCUCCCCCCUCAGACUACACCUAUCCCGAAUCGUGGCCGGGGCGAAGUGCGGGAGUCCAUGCGGGCCAUGCAGGCGAGGGAAACCGCAAAACAUAAUCGUAAUACCUCGAACCAGUCAAGAACGGGCGGGUUUGAGUCCUCCCCUAUGAGGGUGCCCAGCAGUGUGUCUGAAGGGCAGGAGAGCUCCGCGGUCGAACUCCCCACCCCCAGGGCUGACAGUCCAACGGCGCAGACACCGGACGACAAAUAUCCGAAGCCGGCCGCAACUCUGAAUGGACCGCUUCCUGAUAUCCUACCCAUCAUGGGCGUGGAACAGCCUUUCGACGAGAAUCUAUUCAAUGAGCCAGAAGAGCAAAAGGGCUCAAGUACGCGUGCCGCCGCCCGUGCCGCCACCCCAGAAAAAGCGCUGCCGGUCCCCGCCGAACUCGAGAACUCACCCCCAGCCACGAAGGAGCUGACACUCUUCCUGCAAUACAAAUCCAAGGUCAAGAAGUUUGUGCUCCCCGAAGGCUACAGCGAGCUCUCGAUCGGCCGGCUGCAGCUCGCCUUCAUUGAGAAGUUCUCGUGGAACACACAGCAGAACGGCGUCGACCUGCCGGACAUCUACAUCCAGGACCCUGUUUCCGGGGUCCGGCACGAGCUCGAAGACCUCUCCGACAUCAAGGACCGCACCGUGCUAGCUCUGAACGUCGAGGCUCUCGACGAGGUCAAGAAACACAUCGACGAGGGAAUCGGGUCGCUGAAGACCAUCGUAGAACAAGUCAAGCAGAACAUGGACGACCAAGGCGCCGCCCUGAAGCUCGUCUCAGAGAGGCAGCAGGAGACGGCCAAGGACAUGGCCCGACUUGCGUCCGCCCCUCCACCCUCGAUCAUGACUCCUCCAGCGGACUCGCCCAGGUCAAUCGGAGGUCUGUCGUCUCCACGCAAGGCCGCCACGCCGGCCCAGCUGGGCGAGCUGCAGAGCCUCCGUCGGGACCUCGCCGUCCUGCGGCAGACGUACUCGAGCUUCCAGUCCGAGAUCCAGGGCUCGAUGGCGGCGCUGCGCAGCAAGGCCAACAACGUCAAGGUGGCGGCGGCCAAGGUGGUGAUGCCUGGCGGGGGCGAGGGCGGCGGCGACGCGAGCCACGCGUACGUCAAGCAGGGGCGCAAGCAGCUGAGCACCGACAGCGACCGGCUCGUCAACAAAGUGGACGACCUGCAGGACCUGGUCGAGGACCUGCGCAAGGACGUGGUGCACCGCGGGGUGCGGCCGCGGCCGCGCCAGCUCGAGACGGUGGCCAAGGACAUUGCGCUGCUGACCAAGGAGCUCAAGAAGAUGGACGACUACAUGAAGGCCGAGAAGCCCAUCUGGACAAAGAUCUGGGAGAAGGAGCUCGAGGAGGUCUGCCUCGGCCGCGACGAGCUGCGCCUCAUGGAGGACCUCAUGGUCGACCUGCAGGACGACCUCGAGAAGGCCACCGAGACCUUUGCCCUCGUCGAGCAGGCCACCAAGGAGCAGCUCAAGGACGUCGGAGCCGCCGGCGGCGGGGCCGUCACGCUGCCCAUCGGCCCUUCGUCGCUGGUGGGCAAGCAGCUGAGCCGCGGCCUUAACAACCUCCUGCUGGGCGGCAACGCGGGCGUCGACCCGGGCCAGGCCAAGGAAGGGGUGCUGGGCGAGGUGCGGGCGCUGCGGCCCAACCACGAGGACCGGCUCGAGGCCAUCGAGCGCGCCGAGAAGCUGCGGCAGAGGGAGCUCGAGCAGUCCGACGGCGCCGACAACCCGCUCAAGCGCGAGCUGACCGACUUCGUCGGCGAGGGCAAGCUCAAGAAGUCGGGCGGCUUCGAGGAGGUCGAGCGCGCGAGGAAGGCAAAGGACGACCGCAUCCGGAGGGAGGUCUGGGAGAGGCAGAACGGUAUCGCGCCCGCUGAGGAGCCGGCGGCGGUGGAGGGGGGGGGCGAUCCUAGUGCGCCUAGUCCUCUUGGUCUGAGAGCAACGUGA